AUGACAAGCACCACUUCGCCAGCCGCCGUCCUGGACGCCAUGCGUGACAUCGAACGCGCCUCUUAUUCGGUAGACGAAAAGCACAGCGAUGCAAAGCAGACCGCUGACGGGGCAGUCGUGCCGCCUCUGUACGCUACCGGGACGCCUAGCUCGGAUCCCAACCUGAUCUACGACGCCGCGCGAGAGAAGGCGCUGGUCCGCAAGGUCGACAUGUACAUUGUUCCCACUGUGGCUCUUCUAUACCUGCUGUGCUUCAUUGACAGAGCCAACGUCGGCAACGCUCGUAUCGCAGGCCUCGAAAAAGAUCUCGGCAUGAACCCGCGCUCGUACGAUUUCAACAUCCUAAUCACCGCCUUCUACGUCGCCUAUGCCGCGUUUGAGAUCCCGUCGACCACACUCACCAAGAUUCUCGGCCCCGGUCGAUGGAUCCCUGCCAUGACGUUCCUGUUCGGCCUGUUGAGCCUUGCCAACGCCUUUGUCACCAACUUUGCCGGUGCGAUCGCUGUGCGUUUCCUGCUGGGCGUCGCCGAAGCGGGUAUGCUCCCUUCGAUCGCCUACUACCUCAGUCGAUGGUAUAAGAAGGACGAAUUGGUCUUCCGGUUGGGAAUGUAUCUUGUCACUGCUCCCUCGGCUGGAGCGUUCGGUGGACUGUUGGCGUCCGGUAUCCUCAAAAUUCCGCACAUGGGCUCGGUUAAAUCGUGGGAGAUGAUCUUCCUCAUUGAAGGCCUUAUCACCAUUGUCAUGGCGAUCAUCGGCUACUUUACGCUUACAGACUCGAUCCACACUGCUCGCUGGCUGAGCGACGAUGAAAAAGCCUUCUUGCAGGCACGGCUCAAGUCCGAGCUCGUCGGUCAGAAGCAACUUGUCGACAAGACGCACAAGAAGCUGAUCUGGAAAGGCAUCACGUCGACCACGUCACUGUGCUGCGCGUUUAUGUUCCUUUUCGACAACAUCGCGGUUCAGGGAACGGCUGUGUUCCUUCCUUCGGUGGUCCGCUCAAUUUUCCCGGCUCCUAAACAUACGGUGAUCGACCAACAACUGCUUACAGUACCACCGAAUAUUGCCGGAGCAAUUGCCACGCUGGUAUUUGCCUAUGCAUCUGCCAAAUUCCGCGUUCGAUCCGUGUUCGUGAUUGCCGGUUCACUCGUCAUGGUGAUUGGCUAUGCCAUGUUUGUUGGUUCGUCCAACUUGUACGUUCGGUAUGCUGCUUCGUUCUUUGCCACUUCCGGUGCGUUCACGCAGGGUGCUCUGCUCCCGGCGUAUGCCGCGGUGAAUGCUAACAACGACAGUGAGAGAACGGGCGCUAUUGCGGUCACGGUGUUUUUCGGCAACAUCGGUGGUCUCAUCAGUUGCUGGACUUACCUCAACAAGUAUGCGCCCAACUACCUCCCUGGCAACGCGCUCAAUCUCGCCGGUGGUAUCAUCAUGGCUAUCACCUGCCUCGCGUUGGUCACCUGGCAAAGGUGGGAAAACUCGCAGCGAGAUGCCGGAAAACGCGACUGGAAACUCGACGGUCUUACAGAAGACCAGAUCGACCUGCUCGGUAGCGACCAUCCUCACUUCCGCCUUAGGUACUGA